AUGAGUCUACUGCGAUCUACUGGGGUCCGCAAUCCACCAUCACGACGCGUAUUGUUUUCGAGAAAUGCUGCAAGAUGGGUCAAGUCACUAUUAUACGUCGACCCCGCCGUUGCUGUUGUCACAAAACCUCAUGGCCUCGUCUGUCAGUUGAUACAUCGCCAACUGCCCGCUGGUCGGGUGAAUCACUUCAAUGUUAUGAUGCAAGACUUGAAGGCUCAUUUGUCGCUGGAGACUUUUCCAUAUCCAGUUCAUCGACUCGAUAAGAGCACAACCGGAGCUUUUCUUCUCGCUCUUACGGAAUCCUCUGCCCGUCAACUCUCUCAGCAAUUCCAGAAGAGAACAGUUCAAAAAACAUACCUAGCUCUAGUUCGAGGGGGAGAAAAAUCAUUUCCAGAGAAAUUUGGUGAAAUUCGCACCACUCUCAAUAAAGUCGAUGGAUAUCCGGAAGUCGACCUAAGUUCCCAGGGCCAACCUUGUGCGACGGACUGGAAGCUCUUAGCCUCAUCUCCGAUCGCGCCGAUUUCACUACUUGAACUCAACCUUCUGACUGGUUACAAACAUCAACUUCGUGUCCACUUGGCGAAAUGUUUGCAUGCCCCAAUACUUGGCGACGCUCAAUAUUCCAAGAAACCUCUGUCGUCUGCAAUCACCGAUGUAGUUAAGAUACCUGAAGACCGCAUCUUUCUGCAUGCCUCGGAAAUAUCUUUCUUGAAAUAUAAGUCCUCUGGACCACACAAGCAAUUUCGUCUCGCUGUACGCGCCCCUCUUCCUCGAGAGUUUUUGAAGCUUUGUAAGGACCUCAAGAUCCCGUUACGCACUGCGGACAUUCUGGGCGGCCUGGCGAUCGACGGGGAGCCCAUGAAAGAAGAUGCUAUUGACGAAGUAAACGGGCGCUGGGUACACGGGAUUACUCCUACACAAAAAAAGGCAAUAAGUUACCUGGAAAAUCACACGUCACAAACGUGA